AUGUCCCCAAUCACUGAAGCUCUGGCCACGCAAGCACUCAAAAACGCAAUGAAAUCAGAAGUAGAUCCCACUACCUCAGGUGAGGCCAAAUCAUAUGAAAUCCCAUUAAACACCCUAUUGAGGUUAAUACCCGAAUUUGACACAGCACACCCAGCGCAGGUUUAUAGAUUCGUGCGUUCAUGCGACUCUGCGUUCGAAUUAGCUAACACUUCUCAGCAACCAGUUAUACUUACAUACGCCUUAAAUAAAAUCUCAGGACAUAACUCGUCCGAUGUUUUUGCAAAAAGGUACCUAGAUUGGUCUGAACUUAAAACCUUUUUAAUACAAAAAUUCUCACAAACAAAAACGUUGACGCAUCUAAAUCUAGAGUUACAAUCGCUAUUUCAAAAACCGAAUGAAUCCGUUACAGAUUACUUCCAUAGAGUCGAUUUGUGUCGUAAUAAGAUCCUAGAUAAAUUAACCGCCGAAAUCUCAGAUUUAUCAUUGAUAGGUCGAAAAAGUAGCACUGAAGAAACCGCCCUCAGCGUCUUUGUGAACGGUGUCAGCUCUAAUCUGGGCUCUAUGUUAAGGACAAAAGGUUUCACGACCCUCUCUGAGGCCGGGACCUUCGCAAUCCAAGAAGAGAAAAUCCAAAAUAUGAACCAAGCGAGACAGAUGCUAUUUAAAAGCAACAGAGCCCCAGCUUACAGCAACACCACGCGUCGACCGAUCCCAUCGGUCAAUCAAACGUCACCCCUUCCUACAACUACGCAAUUUAACACGAUAAGACAAAUGAAAACAUGCAACUACUGCAAAAAACCAGGGCAUCUUAUCUCUGAAUGUAGGAAAAGAGCUUAUAACAACAACAACAAAAAUCAACAAGUAGAGCGUCCUACUGCCCCAGUUCGUAUCAAUAAUUUAAACUCACAAGCGGUGCGGUCACACAUAUGUCGAGCCAAGACGUAG